AUGUUGAUAGUUUUGUUGUUGCUGCUGCUGCUGUUGCUGUUGUUGCUGCUGCUGUUGUUGUUGCUGCUAUUGUUAUUACAUGAUGUUCCAGGCGAUCUCAGUAGCUUAGGACUUCACAGUUUGACCGCGAAUGAGAUCCAUAUACUCUCCGAACAGAUCAGACUGCAGAUACAACAAACUCAACUACAGAUGUUGCAGUUGGCGAUAAGGCAGGAGCAACUGAAGGCCACACAAAUGCAGCUGCAGUUACAUCAACAGAUGCAAAUGUCACCGAGACUUAAGUUCAACAUCAAUAACAUCAACAACCAUCACGGUCAUAACAUUAAUUACAAAGGUGCUAACAACAAUAUUAAUGCCAAUUUAGCCGAUGAUAUUGAUGGUAAUAAUGUCGGUUAUAAUCAUGGUACAGGUCAAACUGAUUCGAAGUUGAAAUAUAGCGAACCAUCCAACGCCAGUCUAACCAACAACAAAACAAACAAUGAUAAAAACACUAAUAAUGUUAGUUCUCUCAAUAGGGACAAUCAUGAUGACAUCAAUAUGAAAAGUAGCAACAACAACAACAAUAAUCACAGCAACUACAACAACAACAAUCACAGCAACCACCACAACAACAACAAUAUGGAUGUUCACGAUGAACAUGAUGACGUCAACGUUCAUCACACUCGAAACAAUGAUGGCGCCAACAACAACAGCAACGACAUGGAUGAGGACGAUAACGAGGAUGAAGAAGACGACGACGACAACAACAAUUAUUUGUCGACGACACCUCAGUCGUCUUCUUCAUCCUCAUCAUCUUCAAUCAAUCAGUUGAACCACUACACUUUCAAAGCUAACAGCACCAACAACAUCAACAGUCACAACAACAUUAACAGUCACAACAACAAUCUCAACAACAACAACAAUAACAACAACAACAACCACGGUAAUAUCAACAACAACAGUUCCAACAACAGCAAUAACAUGUUCUCAUCACCGUCAUCUUCAAAUUCCGAUGUUUUCAAUGAUUUCCCCCAUCAACACUACAACAUUAAAAACAGCAACGUCAACAACAGCAACAACAAUAUCAACAACAACAAUUUGUACAACAACAACAACAACGUUUGCAAUUUUAACGGAGUCAUUGUAAAAAAAGAGUUAAUUGACAAGUCGUUGAAUGAACAACAAUAUUUAGAGUUUAAUUUGUUUGCCAUAAAAUUCCUCGUAGAGUAG